AUGACUUUCCUUACCUUCUGGUCCAAGUUCCGGGACGAUCUCCAUUAUCCCAAGGAGAGCUCGGUUGCCCAGCUGAAACGAAUAUCUAAAACACCACCCGAGUUUUGGUCGGGCAAAGAUUGGAUGGAGUCUCGGCGGCACCGGUUUUUAUACCAGAAGGGUCUCGAAGACGCCAACAAGAACGGCCUAUCGCAAAUAAGGCUCAGAAAAAUAUCCCCAGCCGGCAGAUACUGGCCAAACACUCCAAAAUUCGACCAAGGGUUCUUAGAUGACGUGCUACACCAGAGAUUUUGGCGAGAAAGGCUACAUCAGAUUGAUGCAUAUGUUAGGGCGGCGGGAUAUGCGGACUGGGAUUUUGAUUAA